CGCCUUCUGGUAAUCGGUUAUCGAUUGUACAGUCGCACGAAACACUGUCGAAGAAAUUUAUUGCUCGAGGAAAAUAAUAAAAUUUUAGUGGAAGAUGAACCCCAACCCUAUGAUGCCCAUGUCCGGGCCGCAAAUGAUGCAGGUGAUGCAAUCUUCGCCUUCGGGACCACCCGUUCCUGUGCCUGUGCAGCAUCAGCAGCAACAACAGCAGCAGCAACAGCAGGCCGAGAAACUGGACAACAUUUCGAAAGUGAAGAAUCUGCUAACGCCACUCCGAGAAUCAAUGUUCCUGACCAUCCGAUCGAGCGCAUUUGCGCUUCAGCAAAACAACCUGGCGGAUAAUCUCAAACGCGAUACUGGAGCGCACCAUGUGCCCCGCUUCGACAAGCAUCUGGAGGAUUUCUAUGCUUACUGUGACCAGAUCGAGAUACAUCUUAAGACUGCAAUGCAAUGCCUCCAGCAGCAGAACUCUUCAAAUCACUAUCUCCCAGGACCGGUGACGCCGAUGCGAAUGGAGAGCUUCAUGCCGGAGAACGCCGGUCCCAUCCCGUAUCCCACGUAUCUUAAUACUGUACGGGUUCACGUCCAGUCGGCAAAGGACAUCCACGACACUCUGAUUAGUGCAGCACAAAACAUUUCGCAAGCUGAUUGAUAGUUAAAGGCUCAUUAGUUAAUAUUAUUUACCACGAUUAAACUUAAGCUAGUAAUAAGUAGUAUUUUAUACAAAAGUUUAUAUUAA